AUCCGCCCGGCCACAGUCGAGUCACCUCGUCGCCACGCCAUGGAACAGUACAAAGAGGACUACGUGGACGUGAAGCACCCAGAAGAUGACUCGUACAGCUUCCGCUCAAGGCAAUAUUCCCUAGAUGUACCUCAGUCCUCCCAGCCGCAAAAACCUCCUUCCCCAGUCAAGCCACCACUGACUCACAAUUCCUCUUCUACUUCUACAAACCCUGCCACAAGCUCCCAGUACGAUCAUUACAGCGCAGAAUCGACGUCAGCAUUAUCAGCUCAGUCAGUACAGUCAACUCAGUCGGCUCAGUCGAGUGCCCCGACUGCUGCCGUUCGCUCUUCAACUGCGAAUGAAAGAAGAACGUCUGUGGGUCUUGGCGCUCCCGGUGGACUUGCAGCAAUGGCGGGUGCGAGGCAAAGAACGGAGGAAGCUGUCCCGGUAGGGUUCGAUGAAGGCAUUCUCAGAGGAUUGUGUGAGAUGGACUGUGCUCUACCUCUUCUUGCAGACAGAAUAAAACAGUCCGUCGCAUCCUGCAAGCAAGUUGCUACCUUCUUUCGAUCCAGGGCUGAAAUUGAAGAAAAGUACGCUCGCUCAUUAGUUGAGCUUACGCGAACUACUGGUGAUACGUACUCUCGGGCGGAUUGCAAGGCUGGGACCUUUGUUGCGGCCUACAACAGCUCUCUGAAAGUUCAGGAUUCAAUCUCCCAGAACAGGCUUCGAUUUGCCCAACGGCUGUAUGAGAUGAGUGAAGAGCUUCAAAGUCUCGCACGAGAAGGCGAAAAAGCUCGUAAAACACACAAAGAAACUGGAGUUCGCUAUCAGCUCAUUAUACAAGAUGCUGAAUCCGUUGUUGAGAAAUCAAAAUCCAGACUGGACUCCAUUAUAGAUGAUCUGGAUCGUGUGCUCGCGGCAAAGGAGGGUGAAGCCUUGAAGGACGUCCGCAGCGGAGGUGCAUACAACAUGAUUGGUGGGCCCGCUUAUGGUGGUGCACCUUCAUCCAACAUAAACCUGCACAAUGGCGGCGGGAAGAGCAAGUUGGGUAAGGCGAUGAAGACAGGGGGAUUACUGUUCAAGGGAAAAGGAGCGGGUUCGUUGCAAAAACAAGAGGAUGAUAGCAGGGCAAAAAUGGAUCAGGCGAAUGAGACUUUCACAAAAGCUGUUGCGGAGAGUAAGCAGUUAAGGAAAGAGUACUUCAACUACCAGCUUCCAAAGAUUUUACGAAUGCUGAAAGACGCUGCUGAUGAGUUGGAUAUGGGGACACAAUAUCAUCUCACAAGGUAUGCGUUCUUGUACGAGACCAUGACCGUGGGCGACGGAACGGUGCUCAACCCGUUGGGAUCUCCAGAAGAAGGACCUGGCCUCAAGGCAAUCUUUGAGAAUAUCGACAACAGGACGGACUUCAAGUCCUAUAUGCAAAAUUAUGCCGUCGCCAAAGGCACACCUCGCGGACCUCGUCGAGAAGGACCUUAUGACCAAGGCUACCAAAAGGCACUGCCAGCUCACGUCCAACGGAGUAACGACGCCCUCGCCGCAUCCAUUAUCUCCCCUCAGCAUGCCUCUCCUCAACCACAACCAUCGCCUCAGGCCCCUCAAUCUUACAAUUACACAGCCUCCCCUCAAUCCUCCAUACAGCCGCAACUGCACGCUUCUCCUCAACCGUCUUCACAAAACUUCCAUUACCCCAACUCAUCCAUUACAUCUACAGGUACUGCAAACACCAAUAAUACACUUCCUUCAAUUCCUCAACAAUCCAAUACAGGUGCUGGUAUGACUGACCAGUCUAGCCUCACAAGCAUUUCCCAUGAAGGCUGGGUCCCACCAGGUAUCCCCGCUUCUACCGGUGCAACCUUUGGAGUUGAUCUCGGCGAGCAGCUGUUGAGAGAUGGCGCGGUUGUUCCAAAGAUUGUUGAAAAGUGUACGCAGGCAAUUGAGAUGUACGGACUCGAGUCAGUUGGCGUGUAUAGGUUGUCAGGAACAACUAGUAGGGUACAGGCUUUGAAAGCUGCCCUUGACAAAGAUGUGGACGCCGUGGAUAUCCUGUCCGAUGAAUGGUCUGCUGAUAUCAACGUGGUCUGCGGUGCUUUGAAAUUGUGGUUCCGAGAAUUGCCGGAACCGUUGCUGACCUAUGGUUUAUACAAUGCCUUCAUAGAGGCCGCUCGGUACGAUAACGAUAGAUUAAGACAUAUUCGACUUCACGAGCAGGUCAAUGAGUUGCCUGAUCCUAAUUACGCUACUCUCAAAUUCUUCAUGGGACAUCUCGACCGAAUACGAAGAAAGGAAUCUAUCAAUCAGAUGUCCGUUUCCAACUUGAGUAUUGUGUUUGGUCCAACAUUACUCGGAGCACCGCCAGAAGAAGGAGGGUUGAACCUGGAGCAUAUGAGUUUUCAAUGCAAAGCUAUCGAGACGAUCCUGGACAAGUACCAUGAGAUCUUUGUCGAGGAAGAAGAUGAUGGGGAGCAGCAAAGUUGAUCUUUGCCAGAUUGGAAAGCUUGUUUUGGGUUAAAAAGUAAACGCCAUUCACGAACUGGGUUAAACGCAAUUGAACGAAAUACUCUUUUCUUCAGAUACCCACUUUGGUCUGUUAGAUUAGUGCUUGUUAUGUUAGUU